GGCUAAGCGAAGGUCGUCUAUAACUGCAGAUCUUAGUGUUGGAAGAACAAAUAAUCUAUGAACAAGGUACGAAAACCCAUUCUGGCUUUACCAGUAUUGUGGUGGGCUAGUUCGAGAGUUUUUUACCAAACGACCCAAUGAUCAUAAAUAGCUGUUUUGUCCUUUCACAUGUCCAACGCGUAAGAACAGAUAAUAUGAUUUCCAGAAACUAACAAUAAUUUACUUCAAUCAUAAUGCAAGACCGGAAAUACUAAUGGUUCGACCUGGUAUAAUUGGAAAGUCUAUUGCUUACUCGUUAAUAGUUAAUUGAAUGAUUACAUCAUACGGGGGUGUUUGAGGGGUUUAUAAGUCAUUUUUACUUUCUCUUGUCUUCAGAAUGUUUUGGAUUAGUGUUAUGAUCUCACUGUUAGCAGUUAUUCACGGCGAAGUUGGUCUCGCACAUAAUAUGGGAAACCUCAAACCGCGUUAGAAAAAUAUUUUAUCAUGCCUACGACAAUUACCUCAAAUAUGCAUAUCCUCUAGAUGAGUUGAGACCGCUUUCAUGUGAUGGGCAUGAUACAUGGGGUAGUUUCUCGCUGACACUGGUAGAUGCACUUGAUACACUUGUUAUAAUGGACAAUGUUACUGAGUUUCGUCGUGCUGCACGUGCUCUUCUUGAUCACUUGGAUUCUGAAAAAAAUGUCAAUGCUUCUGUCUUCGAAACUAACAUCAGAGUUGUCGGUGGGCUCAUCUCUGCCCAUCUUUUGUCACGCAGAGCCGGGUUUGAAGUAGAACCAUCCUGGCCGUGUUCUGGACCACUACUAAGGCAAGCAGAGGUGUUUGCUUCUAAGCUCUUACCUGCUUUCAACACCCCGACCGGGAUGCCAUACGGUACUGUCAACUUCAAACUGGGUGGGGUUCCGAGAGGAGAGACUUCAGUCACGUGCGUUGCUGGUAUUGGUACAUUCAUUUUGGAGUUUGGAGCAUUAUCUCGUCUUACAGGAGAUCCUAGAUACGAGGCUGUUGCAAUGCGUGCUCUAAAAGCUAUGUGGAAAUACAGAUCUUCUCUUGGAUUACUGGGAAACCAUAUCGAUGUUAUCACUGGGAGUUGGACAGCUCGCGAUGCCACUAUUGGUUCAGGAGUCGAUUCUUAUUUCGAAUAUUUGGUUAAAGGUGCAGCUCUAUUUCGCCUUCCUGAGCUAGAUUCUAUGUUUCGAGAGUACAGAUUAGCAAUAGAAAAACAUAUUCGACAUGGUGAUUGGAAUCCAAUGAUAAAUAAGGAUAAAGGUGGAGUUACAAUGGCAGUAUUUCAGAGUCUUGAAGCAUUUUGGCCUGGUUUAUUGACACUUACAGGUGAUAUUGAGGGUGCUCGCAGACAUUUGAUUGCUUAUCAUGAAAUAUGGAGAAAAUAUGGAUUCCUUCCGGAGUUCUAUAGUUUAUCUGAUCAUAAAGCUUAUAAGGGUCGUGAGGCAUAUCCAUUACGACCAGAAUUAAUUGAAUCCAUUCUCUACGUAUAUCGUGCCACACGUGAUCCUGCUCUGAUUGAUAUGGGUGUGGAUAUUUUGACUUCAAUUGAAGUCUCAGCGCGUACACCUUGUGGUUUUGCGACGGUUUCAGAUGUUACAAAACAUACUUUGGAAGAUAGAAUGGAGUCAUUUUUCUUAGCAGAAACAACAAAAUAUUUAUACCUAUUAUUUGAUGAAAACAACUUCAUACAUCAGUUACCAGGUGAAAAAACGUCAUUAGAAGGUUCUCGUUUACCGUCAGGACUUCAAUGUUUUCCAGAAUCAGGUGGUUACAUUUUCAAUACAGAAGCUCAUCCCAUUGAUCCUGGUGCUUUGAAUUGUUGCUUUGCUCCUCAAUUAGAUGAAGUUGAACAAGCAUCCAAAGUUGAAACAUUGUUCUCUGAUUCUAAUCAUUUAAAAAUGCCAAAUAAUCGUGAAUUUGACAGCGAUACUAAUACAUCUGAUCAAAUUACAGAAAUUGAUUUACUUUCUACCGUUGAUUCAGUUUUCAGUGAACAUGUUCAAUCUCAACUUGGUUAUUCAUCAAGUGAUGCUUUCACUUGGAUAAUAAAUCAGUCAUCAUCUAAUUGUUUUAAUAAUGUAUAUUUUGAUUCUAAUUUAAUUGUUUCCUGGAUAGAACUUCGCGAAAUUAUUAAAUCCUCAGUUUUAGAGAAUGAAAAAGAAAAUGAUAAAUUAAAUAAAUUCAGUUUUUUGGAUUCAACCAAACCUCCACUACUCACUUGCCCAUAUCCAUCAUUUCAAAACCGAUUUGGUUUAUCCGGAUUAUUAACAUCAACAUAAUUCCGUUUUUUACUUUUUUUUCUAGGUUCUCAAGUUUGAUGGUUUUCCUGUAGAUAUUUUCUGUAUAGUCAGCUUUCUCUAUGGUAUACUUUAUUUAAAAAAUUCCUACCAUUUCGUAAUUUCUGUGAUAUAUAUUCGGAAAAAUAUAAUAUAUACAUCGCUGAUAUUCAGAACAUUUGCACAAAUUCUUUAUGGAUUAUAACCAAUUAAUAUUAUAUCAGUAAAUCCUGUCAUUUUCAAGUAGCAUUAUUCGUUUUCUGCCAUCUUAUCAGCCCUACCGUCCAAGUUGCUCAUUCCCUUAGUUUGACCUGCAGAUAUAUCCUCUUUUACAGCUUAAUGUGUGAUGAUAACUUCCUCUAUGAAACAUUUCAUAAAAUGCUGCUCUACUUUAGUAUAGAAUGACAGAAAAUUGCCUGAAUGGAACGUAGCGAACCACAUAUAUCGUCAAAUCAGAUAUCCUCCCAUCAUUUAGCCAGUAAGAUAAUAAAUAAUAAACAUGAUUUCCUUUUUCGACCACUCAAUAGCCGAAUAAUCAUUUUAUGGAUCAUUUAUGAGGUAGGCUAAGCUCUCAAUGUACUAAAGGUUCACUUGCAAACUAACCGGUACUUUUACGCCUUGUUACUGUCAUAGUUCCAUUAUUAAGUUGGUUUUUCUUGAAUUGACCUCCAGGUAUCAUCUUAAUUUUCCUACUUUUGCAAAUUCUCACAAAUUGUACCUACCUAAAAAGACAUCAACCUUAGUAGUGUUUUAUAAUUUUAAUAAUUUCUGCCAAUACUUAUAGAUAAAAAUCUUUACGGUGCACAAAGAAUCAUGUUUCUGUUCGUGUAUACGAUUCAGCGAUCAAUGAAAACCUAUUUUCGGUUCGCUUCCAAAACUACGAUUAUUAAACCUAUAACUGCAUUCAUAUUGUAGCUAGUAAGUGACCACUAUCCGUGUGAUUCAUCGCCUACUUAGAAAGAAAAUGACUCAAUG